AUGAAUAAUCGCACUGUCAUCUCGGAGUUCUUCCUCCUCGGGCUGUCUGCUGAUCCUCGUGUUCAGGCUCUGCUCUUCGUACUCUUCCUGGGGAUCUACCUCCUGACCUUGAUGGGGAACUUGGUGAUGAUCCUGGUGAUCAGAGCGGAUUCUCACCUCCACACCCCAAUGUACUUCUUCCUCGGACAUCUGUCCUUCCUCGAUCUCUGCUUCUCCUCAGUCACCAUGCCCAGGAUGCUACAGAACUUCUUGUCUCAGACGAAAGGCAUCUCUGUGAGGGGCUGCAUCACCCAGAGUUUCUUUUUCCUUCUCUGCGGGUGUUCAGAAGCCAGUCUUCUCUCCGCCAUGGCUUAUGAUCGCUACGCUGCCAUCUGCCACCCUCUGCUCUACUCUGUGAUCAUGAACGGACCACUUUGCAUCACCAUGGUCAGUGCAGCAUGGGUGACUGGGUGUCUGAACUCACUGGUGAAUCAUCUUUUCAUCGACAAGUUACAUUUUUGUGGCUCCAACCUCAUCCCCCACUUCAGCUGUGAGCUGCCUUCAUUGUUCCCCCUGUCCUGCACGGAUCCUACGGCCAAUCAAUUGCUUCUGGCUGGGUCAAGUACAUUGCUAGGGCUGCUGACCCUUCCCCUGAUUCUCUUCUCUUACUCCAGGAUUCUCUCUGCCAUCCUGAGCAUUCGUUCCUCUGGGGGCCAAGGCAAAGCCUUCUCCACCUGUUCCUCCCACCUCACUAUGGUUCUCUUGUUUUAUGGGACAGCUCUAUUCAGGUACCUCAACCCUCCCUCUGGCUCCCUGCUGGAGCAAGUGGUGUCCAUUCAGUACAGUGUGAUCACCUCCUUGCUGAACCCUCUCAUCUACAGCCUCAAGAACCGGGAAGUGCAGGCAGCACUACAGAGGAUGCUGCGGCAGCCAGCAUGUUCCUUAGGGAAAUUUGUCGCUCUGUGGUGGUCAGUCAGAGAAGGGGGAGAAGCGCUCUUCAGAAAUGGAAACACCUUCCAAGGGAAAAAGACAUUUUAG